AUGGAACGUUCAUCGGAAAAGGGAGUAGCAGUGGCAUCUAGCAGUUCUGCGACAACGGCGGAAGCCAGCCAUGCAGCCAGCGCAGCUGCCAAAGAUGCACAAGGAAGCGAUAACGGAAAGAAAGCAAAGGAUGCCGCAACGAAGCCAUCAUCGAAUAGUAUCAAAGAAGAAACAUAUCAUGACUGCAGGUUCGUCAGUGAUACUUUAGAUAUGAAAUCCUUCAGCUAUCAUCCACUCUAAAC